GAGUCACCAGGCACGACAGUGGGCCUUGAGUCAAUUGGCAGCGAGCACCGGGUCAUCUGGCGCCGGAUCGUCUGGCUCGACAGCGGGCAUCGGGUCACCAGGCAUGACAGCGGGCACUGGGUCAUCAGGCAUUGGAUCGUCUGGCUCGACAGCAGGCAUCGGGUCACCAGGCAUGACAGCGGGCACUGGGUCAUCAGACAUUGGAUCGUCUGGCUCGACAGCGGGCAUCGGGUCACCAGGCAUGACAGCGGGCACUGGGUCAUCAGGCAUGAUAGGAUCAUCAGGCUGGGUACAGACAUCAGGCUGGGUAGAGACAUCAGGCCGAAGUGCAGGUGCCGAGGCACCAGGCUGAACCACGGAAGGCAGGCUCACUGGUUUGGAUACUGGCAGGAUGGUACUGGUUGGAAAGAAUUUUCGCUUUUUUCUGGUUUUAACUACUGGAGCACUGCAAGUAAACGCAGGUCUGCAAACGAAUGGAGCAGCUGAGGACAGAGAAGAGCUGGAAGAUGGAACAGAGGAGGGAGCAGCCGCCACAGAGGACCUCUCCACAGGGCCAAAGAAAGGAUAGGUGCAGCGAUGGAAGCAGGGGACUGGUAUGUGGUAGUUAGCAGAGUAUACUGGGCCGUCAGGGGGGGUGCUGUCGGGGAUGCAGGAAGAGUGCCUUGAGCAGAGGAAUGACGUUGCAAGCUGACUGAGGCUGGGUGCAACAUCUCUGACCAUGUCUGCAGUAUGGGUUGAACAAAGCUGAGCUUACACAAAGCCUGUCUGGUCAAAGACUGCACUGCGUUUAUACAAUCCCUUAAUACCUGUGGUGAACAUGCAGCAUAAUGCUCCAAGAAGCAAUCCACAUCAUCCUCUAAUAACCACACCAGGGACUCUACCUGGUCUGCACUAAAUGGUGGCAAAAAGUCAUUCCUGCUUUCAGGGGUACCAGAUGAAGCCAACUCUACACAAACCUGAAUCAAAGGUUGCACCUCAGAGAACUCUGUGCCCUGAUCUACUAGAACAUGAGCGAUCCGUAUACAUUCUAGCAGUUGAUCCUGGGUAUACUCCCUCAGAGUCUGAUAAACAUAUUCUCUGUCAUCAAAAAACCAGCAGCGACAAAUACACAACCUCAUCAAGAUCCAUCCUUCCCA